UUCCUGGAAGUUUGUUCAGGAUUUGUAGAUGAAAGAAUCAAGGCAGCACUCCAGGUAUGUUUUACUCCAGGUAUGUUUAGAUGAAGGACUAACCUUAUAAUAUGAUGCCCAUCUGAAAAAAGUCAAUGUCACAUAAUACUGGCUCUUUAAAGCUAUGAACAUCUCAUAGAGUACCGAGUAGCAGCCAGUGGUGACGCUAGGGGAGCUACCGAGAAACACAGCUCAGGUGGAAGCAAAUAUUAGUCCCGACCUCCACAAAUGUGAUUUAUGAAAGAGGAGGGAAAAAUACUCAGUUGAUGAAAAUCUAUUUUUGAAAAUUCUCUCCAAGGAGUCUGACUCAGCUUGACAUAUUUAGUGAAGAACAAGCCAUGUCCAGAUGUGUAAAGCAGGUACAGACAUCUGUCAGUGGUCCUGAAGUCGUAAUUGCAGGACAAAGAAAAAAAAAAGAAUUGCAUAUACCUGUGCCUCUCCUUUAUAAUUACAUAUUACUUUCUCAUUUGUAGCAGUUUGUGGUGACAUAAUGGUUGAUUGGUGUGAAAAUUCCUGCAAGCCUUGUAUGCUUGUUUUGUUGUAAUAAUGUGUUGCAUAAAGCAAUUUUUAUGUAAAACUUGACCCUAAAGCAGCAGCAGCCAGAAAAACUCCACUUUCUAAGAUCUGAGCCACAUCCUGUGGCUCGUUGGAAGGCUUUUGGUGAUCAGUUCUGUGUAAAAACUUUUUCUUUAUGUAAUCCCAGACUGACUUCCUGAUGCUCAGAUCAGGGCUCUGUGGGGGUCAGACCAUCUGCUGCCGGUCUCCCUCUCGUCUUUCUCACUGGAGAAAGAGAGACUAGCGGUACAUUUCAAGCUCGUUGCCUAGCUGCGGAGGGAAUUUGUAACAAUUGGCUGCCUCCCUGGGACAGCACGUCUUGGCUAAGGACGUAAAAAAAUAUAUAUAUAUACAUUUUUAUUAUCAGUAUUAGGAAUUUGAACUGAAUGCUUGAACCAACAGCAAAUGCUGGCUGAAACUGCACCCUUUCUUCUAAGAUAUACUAACACCCUGGAAUAAAUCUCACAGUCGGGGUUUUAAACACACACACCAGGGCGUUGCUGUUCUGCUUCAGCUCCCCCACCGCUGGCGGAUACAUGUGAAGAGACGAUGAGGUAACACACAACCCCACCGCUGGCGAACGGGAGCACGCAGAGGAGAUCUCUGGCGCCAUCUAGUGGGCAACGAAGCACCAAAGAUAUGUAUGUAUGAAACCUUGGUAAGUUCGCUGUCAUUUAAACAGCUGGUUCCUGUCCUUUUCAUAUUAGUCUCCAGUCCCACUGCGGGUAAUGAAAACUCUUCUCAACAAAGGCCUCGGCGCGAGCGCGCGACCCGCCGGGUGGUAAGCUGGAGAUCACAGAGCCGCCGCGUGACCCUAAUCUGCAUAAUUACAUUAAGGGUGCUAAAACCGCGCUGCUAGCGGCACGGUCCAAACAAACAGAGGGAGAGCAGCAACAUUGUUCUUAAGGCCAGAGAAGAUAUGAUUCAGCAAAAAUUCAGAGAAGACCUGUUAAUCAAAUCCGAAGUUGCGCAACAAGAGGAAUUGUUAACCACCCAUGAUAAAAAUGCCAUGUUGCAUCUGACUAGUCAGAGCAUCAAACAGGCAACUAAAAACAGCCUCAACUUCAAUACACCUGGCCUCCAUAUGUCAGGCUCACAUGGACAAGAGUCACUGGGUCAGCUUAUGGCAUCUUCACUGACCCAGGAGGGCAUGGCACAGCUGGGCUCACUGGUGCUUAAGCCUCCCAGGCAUGAUUUGGAGAGGCUAGCUGAGGACCAGCCACCCAGGCGGCCCCUCAAGCUCACCCCUCUGGAUCUCCCAGAGGAGGUGAGAGAGGCGCAGAGGAAAAAACUUCCCUUGAUCCAACAAGACGCCAAACUUGGCGACUGUAAGUUCGACAUGAUGCUGAAGGAGAACAUCAUGAGGAAGCCAAAACCGAUUAUGAGGCAGAAGAUUGUGAAAGCAGUCGUGGGUCCUUCUCCUUCAACCAUGCCAGUCGUGACUCUAGCACAACAGGAUUCCCAUAGUCCGCAGCUGACACGUUCUAACCCCAUAGAGAAGACCGGAGAGAAGCAAUUGCGAGACAUCACACGUCGAGGGAUCCCAACAUCCCUCUCCGGCAAGCCUGCCCCUCCUCUACCUGCUGCCAGAAUCAAGGCUCAGGCCGCAUGCGGCGGAGAGGAGUCACGCAAGAACCCAAGUGCCCUCCAGUUCGAGGUAGAGAGAAGGCGGCCGAGGCUGAGGAGAGGGCAACGCCUCGAAGAGGAUCAGUGCCAAGCCAGCACGUCAACCGGGGGAUUAUGCACAGAUGGAGGCAAGCUUGCCCAAGGUGUCCGAGGCAAAGGGCAGCAGGCGGAGUGGGCUUGUAGAGGCCAAUCGCAUGCUAGAGAGAACAUCAAAGAUCCCUGCACUCCCGCAACCUCACGCGAACAGGGAAGCGCCAAGAAGGGCCACCGAGAGAGAGGCGGGAAGCAAGCUGCGAGAUACAUCUUGAACAGACAUUUGGACGAAGGUGGAAACAGGGAAGCAAUUCCAGAAAGCUGGAAGGCAAAGAGGAAAAUUCCCUUGAUGCAGGCUCUGUAAGUGUAGUGAAAGUUCAGCUUAGAAGUUGCCAAUUCCUUAGAUGGCGAAUCAAAUAUUUUGUUCAAAUUACAGUUUAUCAUGUUCCAAACUUUAAUACAUAAAGUAAAUUAGUAGUGAGAGACACAUAUGCCAGGUUUGCUUUAAGUUAUGCAUAGUCCUAUUUGCAAAGUCUCUGUUGACGAGACUGACUUAAUUAGCUUAGGCAGCCCUGGCACGGAGCGAGGCUUCUGAUACAUCACACAGGGUGUGAUACAGCAGCGAUCCAACAGAAUGACACAGCAGAGAUUUUACUCCAAGGAGGAAAAAACAUCCUGAGGGGUAGGAUCUGAACCGUGGAGAUACUGAGGAUGUUGACUGACUGAUCUAAAAUUUUGGAGUAUUUUUUUUACUGGAAAUGGCAUGAUUAAUAUAUUUUUAACGGGGUAAGAGUGUCAAAAAUAUAUAACCCAAAUGUAUAUUGAUUUUUACUUUUUGAAAAAAUAAAAAUACACUAAAACUGCAAAGUGCCGAUCUGAUUCUGUGUGAAUCAACCGUGCAAGAGUUUCUCCUCCAGAAAUCACUUAUGUGUCUGUCAUUUAAAGUGCAUCUCAAAAUAUGAACUUAUUGUAUGACCUCAUCACAUAUCACUAUGCAUUGUCUGUGACAUACAUUAUUGAGCUUUGGCAAUUUUUCUGCAACUGACAGCCCUCCUUUACAAACUGGCAAAGACAAUUUUAGACUGUUCAGCUGUUCAUUUGUCAAAGGCAAGUCAUGCAAUAAAUGAGAUCAAGUUGAUCUAGUCUACAUUCUAAUAUUAAUUUUGAAAGCAAAAGCAUUUGUAUAUAUCACCAAACUUUUAAAACAUUAUGUUGGAUGACUAGACAUUUCAGUUCCUAUACUAGGCCCAUGAUUGUACGAUGCAACCAGCCACUUGUUUUGUCAACCCCUCACAACAUUGUCCAAGACAACAUUUGCGGCUCCUGAAAUAAUUUUUGGCCCCCACAACCACAAUUUAAGACUGAUACAAAUUUUCUAAUCUUCUCACGUUAAUUACUAGAUAUAAAAUGAAAACCUUCUGGGUUUUUCAGGUUUUUCCUUUUUUCUCCAUCCUUUUUUGAUGGUGAUGUUAAUAUUUCUAUGGAAUUUAUUCAACUUGUACUUGACCUUCUGCUUUUGAACUAAUUUGAAUUUUACCUUUGAAAUUGUCAAAUUAUUUGCAGAUGUGACACAUCCCAUUAAAACAAGUGUAACUGGGUCUAUAUUAAUAGUUUUAUAUUUCCACAAAAUGUGUUCUUUUAUGUAUUUGUCUGCUUCUACUUGACUGUUGCUUUGUUCCUCUGUGUACUAUAAGUGGUUUGGUCCUCCAACUCCGCCUUAUUUUCUUCUUCUUUUGUUCAGGGUCCUCCAGGACUAUUAUAAAUAUUAAGUUAUUAAUUUCCUCUCCC